CAGAUUGAGACGCAUCAUUACAAGAAGAAAUCUUGUCUGGAAUUGGACAGAGAAAAGUGAACCCGGUAUUAUGCUGCGUUCAAUAAUUCAAACCGAAACAUCCGGAGUUUCCCCGUCGAAGAAGCCUCAAAAAACAUGAACGUAGCUAACAGCGUGGGCACUUCUUUGAUAGAGAACGAAGCGGAUAUAACUGCCGCUACGAAUUCAAAAGAACCUAGCGAAUCUGAUGAUAACCUAGGUGCCGCCCUUUUGGACUCAUUACGAAAUAUGCCAGAUCCGAUGUUUAACAGUGCACCGCGGGGCAGGAAAAAUCCGGUUGUAACCUUGGAUUCCAUAAAAAAAGAACUAAGCUACGAAUGCAAACUUUGCGGAAAACGGUAUCGCAAAAGUGCCGAUUUUUUUCAACAUAAACUGACUCACGGAGAUCCUUUACAUUGUGAUUUGUGUUCUGAAAAGUUUUUUAAGCCAUGGGACCUCACGAAGCAUCAAAUGGAGAAGCACAGCGAGAACAAAUUGCAUGAAUGCGUAAAAUGUGGUAAAACAUUCAUAGAACAUUGGCGACUGUUGCGUCAUUCACGGACACACUCUAAUGAAAAAAAGUUCAAGUGCGAAAUUUGUGAAAAACCUUUUGCCGAAAGUGGAAAUCUAGCUAAACAUAAAAAACAAGUUCAUUCAAAAGAUCGCCCAUUCAAAUGUGAGGUUUGUGAAAAAACAUACCCUCAGAAAAAGGACCUUCAAAGUCAUAUGGUUGUUCACAUUGUCAAACGAUUCUCUUGUACAGUUUGCAAACAAGAGUUCUCACUAAUGGAAGAAAAACGCGCUCACGUUAGAAUAGUGCAUCCUACUGAGUCUGUCAAGAAGUCCUUCGUCUGUGCGCUUUGCAAUGCUUCUUUUGACUGUAGAGCAAGAUUGAAAGAUCAUUGGUUGACGCAUGGUGAACGACGAUUCGACUGCAAAGUUUGUCCUAAAAAGUUUCACACGCAUGCACGCCUUCGCAAACAUGUGCGUUCUCAUAGAGUUGAAGACCACUCUAGAUGUGAAAUUUGCAAUAAAUCAUUUUCCCAAGACUCCAACAUGAAGCGACAUAUCGAGUUCAUGCAUUUGCGCGACGGUCGUUACUUUUGCUUGUACUGUCCAAUGACGUUCUCGGUCCCAGCAGAAUUGAGAGCUCACCGCGAAACACACCAGAACGAAAAAGCCUAUAAAUGUUCUUUUUGUGAAAAGGCGUUCUCACAUCAUCAAAGCUUAGCCAAUCACACCAAGUGCCAUCGCAAUCCAAAGCGACAUUUGAAAGAAUUCAUAAAACCAAUACCGAGGAAACGAAGUAAAAAAUCUAACGAAAAUAUAACUGAAAAAGUCUUAUCAAACAAUAUGGACAACACGACUUCGAACGUAAACGAAAAGGUUUCAAGUAAAAUAGAUUCUACCAAUUCGUCGCAACGUAAGAAACGAGGCCGCCCCAAAAAGCUAACACGGGUAACUGUAGAGGAUGAAAUGCAAGAGACAAUUUCGAGCAAUGAUGAUUUAUUAAUACCUCUACAACCUAAAAAACGAGGGCGUCCCAGAAAAGUAAAAAUGGCAUGUGAUAGGCCAACCAUAAGUUUCGAGCCUGCUGACGCUGAAAUAAUCAAUGGUGCCGAGAUAGAGGGAAUAGUGAAAACGGAGCAGUCGGAUUUGAUAGAAAUUGGACCAACCGUUCUACAGGAAACUCACUACAUGCCUUAAGGUUGUUUUUGUUAAUUUUAUUUUCAAUUCAUUAUUACGGUGAUAUGUACGCAACGAAUCUGAAAAGUGAGCUCUGGAAUAUUUUAUUAGAUUAAGCCGCCAAUGCCAUUACAUUAA